AUUCAAUAUUUUUUAAUGAGCUGUCUAAAAUAAACUUUUUUUUUUAUUUCUUGUGCAUGGUGCAUUAAUUUCCUCAUACAGCCUCGAACUGGUCAAAACAAAACAAGUGCACAAACAAAACUUUCAAAAUGGCAGAAGAAAUGGUAACUUUAGAUUGGUCCAAUGAAGAGGAACUUUUAAAAGAAGAGGAAGAAGAAGAAAAGAAAGCUGAAGAAGCAGCAAAGGAAGAUGAUAAAAAAGACAUAAAGACAGAAGAUGAAGUUAAGACAGAAGAAAAAAAAGAUGAAUCCAUGGAUACAAGUGAAAACAAAGAUUCUGAAGAGAAAAAGGAUGAAUGGGUUAAAACACUGUUGACAUAUGUAUUAAGGGGACCUGUAAAGGUGACAAAUUUACAGAUCAAAGAUUUGUCAUCUAGGGAACUUCAGGGUGUGUUACACAAGUCAUUUAAUACACAAAUAGAUUUCCAAACAAAAAAAGGAACCAUACAUUUAAACUUUACACCAAAUAAAGACAGGUUUGCUAUUGAUGUAUUGAAGAGAUUGGCGAGGUUUCAGCAUGCCAACAAGGAAGUUAAAAUACAAUGUUCCCGAUCUGUAGCAGCUUUACUUGGAUUUGAAUUAAGAAGACUAGGUGUUGGCCCAGCACCACCAGGAACACUUCAAUUUGAUAAAGUAUUAUUUCUUUAUGAUAUUCCACCUGAAACUACUGAAGAAGUUCUCAGAGCAAUGUUUGAUUGCCCAAUUUGCAUAAUCCCUCUUGAUGAAGAGGGCAAUAACAUGGGGGCAGCAUUUUUAGAAUUCCGUUCCAAGAAGGCAGCUAAACAAUGCCAUACUGACAACACAGACAUUGAGAUUGGAGAAAAGAAAUGCAAGUUGUACAACAGAUACCUGGUUGGUGGAACCAAAGAUGAAGAUGAUGCAUAUGAAAAGGAAGAGAAAGAAAAGCAAAAGAAAGAACAGGAUCGUAAAGCUAUGGCAGGACAGAAAAAAGUUCAGAACCAACCAAGAGCUCGGGGUGGUACUGGAAAAGCCAACAACAAAAGACAGGCUAUAAAACAGAAAUUCAAUCAAGCAAGACAAAUGGGACAAUUUGGAGGGCGACAAGGAGGAGGGAACUAUGGUGGCAGUGGAGGAAAUUACAGUGGUGGUGGUGGAAACUAUGGUGCCAGUGCCCGUGCCAGUGGUGGAAAUUAUGGUGGUGGUAGUGGCAUGGGCGGUGGACGAAUGAGUAAUAUGAGCCAAGGAGGCCAAGGAGACCAAGGAGUUAGUCCAAACUUGAUGAUGAAUCAGAUGAUGGCUAUGAUGAGGAUGAGUCAGGGUAUGGGAGGUGAAGGUAUGGGAGGAGGAGGCAGUGGUAUGGGUCGUGGCAUGUCACGGAUGGGUAACCAGAGAGCCAUGUCAGCUGGAGGAGGAGGAAUGGGAGGUGGACGAAUGGCAUAUGAGGAUUAUGGAGAUUAUGGUGCAUUUGACGAUUACGAGAGUGGAUAUGGACAAGGCAGAAAUAUGGGUGGUAUGGGAAAUAUGGGAGGUGGAGGUGGAGGAGGAGGAGGCAUGGGUGGACGAAGACCACAGAGCUUAAUGGGUAACAACAGAAGGGGAUCAUUUGGAAGUGGACCAAUCGACCAGAAAGAUUCUGUUGUGGACUUGUUUGAGUCGGCCCUUGAUGCAGUUGAUAGUCAAAUAGGAGGCAGAGGUAAUCCAAGGAAUCUAUCAGGAGGAAGAGAUGGCAGAAAUCAGGGAAAUGCAGCAGGAUUGGGAAAAAUAACCAGUCUGAUGGAUAAUCAAAUGGGAAUGGGGGGUAAUUCUCAAAGUCAUACCAGUCUGAUGGAUAAUGAAAUGGGAAUGAGGGGUAAUUCUCAAAGUCAUAGAGGGAAGUUUGAUACUCCUGCUAAUCAAAGGCUUGCUAAACUUGCUGGGAAUUAUAACGAGGAUGAUUUACACAUGGAAGGUGGUGGUGAUUUUGGUGCAGGGCCUAAUAUACAUAUUGGAUAUGGUGAUGAGACAUAUAAUGAUGGAGGAAGCAAUAGGUUAACACAGAGAGGAGGCAAUGACUUUGGUGGUUCAGGUGGUAGAGAUCAGUUUGCUGAUAGACUUAGUCAAGGUUAUGGAGGCAUGGCAGAUGAUAGGAGCAUGGAUAAUUAUAAUCAAGGUUCUAAAAGAAGUAUGGAUGCUGGAUAUAGACAAAAAAUGGACAGUGGUAUGGGUGGGGGUCAAUAUGAUGAUUAUGUUAGAGAUACUGGAGAUGAUUUUAGCCCAAGGCGUAGGGACAACAUGCAGCGAGAUAUGGGUGACACGUACCAGAGGAGAACAAAUGUAGGUUCAGGUUACAACGAUAAAUCAGACAUGUUGAGUGCUGAUAGAAAUCAACCUAUUAGUUAUCCAGAUAUAUACAGCAGUAAGGGGUCAUCUGGUAUGAGUGAAAUGUUUUCACCCAAGAAACGUAAAUUUACAGAAGAACCAAUGAAAAGGACAUAUAAUGAUUAUGUAAUGGAUACAACCAUGCAAGGUUCCUUAAGGAACGAUUCAGUAUUCAAGAAACCAAACAUGUCACUAAUAGUAGGCAGAAAUCAAAACCAGAGAACAAGGGGAGGACAAAAUAACCAGAGAGGGAGAGGAGGAAAUAAACAGAGAGGUGGAGGAAAAGGUGGUCCGAUGCCAUUGAUGGGAAAAUUUUCUGGAAGGAAGACAUAUUGAAGGGUCUUCAUUCUGAACUACCAAGACCACUGAGUAAUAUGUGAAAGAUAAAUACUGACUUGUGUAUGAAUAUGUGAUUAUCAUAGAGGAUGAAAAAUUGAAUUGGUUUUUAUACAGAUUCAUUAUCUUACAUAUAUAACAGCUGCAGUUGGUUGUUAAGUUAACAUUUAUACAGAUUCAUUACCUUACAUAUAACAGCUGCAGUUGGUUGUUAAGUUAACAUCUAUAAAGAUUCAUUAC